AUGUCCGCCACAGACCCAAACCUCGCCGAACUGCACAGCCGGCUCUUCGAAGAGGGGCUGGAGGUUCGCCGGGCUGUCCUCGGCCACGAGUACGUCGACAAUGCUGUGAAGAACGCAACCCCGUUUACGCGGCCGGGGCAGGAGCUCAUCACCGAGUGGGCCUGGGGCACCAUCUGGAAGAGGCCGGGCCUGGAUCGCAAGCAACGCAGCCUCCUGAACCUGGGAAUAAUCAUUGCCCAGAAGGCAUGGCUUGAGCUUGUAUUGCACACCCGCGGCGCCAUCAACAACGGCCUCACGGAGGUCGAGAUCAGGGAGGUCGUGCUGCAGGCGACCGUCUACUGCGGAACGCCCGCUGGUGUGGAGGCCAUGCAGGUCACCGAGAGGACCAUCAACGAGAUGAUAGCGAACGGCGAGUAUAAGAGGCCCGAGACCGGAGCCUGGUGA